AUGGCAACCAAAAAGACCUAUCAAGAUGCUAUUACAGCAUUAAACUCUUUGCAAUCCAACUAUGCCAAUAUUAUGGCUAUUAGAGCUACAGGUAAUAGAAAAAAUAUGAUGAAUAUAUGGGAAAUGCAAGAAUGGUCUCGUCGUAUAGGUUAUCUAGUUUCAGAUUUCAAUCAGUUGAGUAUCAUACACAUUACCGGUACAAAAGGUAAAGGUUCCACCGCCGCUUUCACUCAUUCUAUUCUACAAAAAUACAAAGAAACAUUUCCUCAUAACACCAGUAUUUCUAAGAUCGGCUUAUAUACUUCGCCACAUUUAAAGUCAGUUCGUGAAAGAAUUAGAAUUGAUGGAGUUCCGAUUUCAGAGGAAUUAUUUACAAAGUAUUUUUUUGAAGUUUGGAAUAAAUUGGAUGCUAGCAGUAGCGAUUUAGAAAAAUUCCCACAUAUGGUCAAGGGUGCCAUGCCUGGAUAUUUUAAAUAUUUAACUCUGUUAUCUUUCCAUGUUUUUAUGAAAGAAGGCUGUAAUACCUGUAUUUAUGAAGUUGGAGUGGGUGGUGAAUAUGAUAGCACUAAUAUAAUUGAAAAACCAACAGUUUGCGGGGUUUCGCUGCUAGGAAUAGAUCACACUUUUAUGCUAGGUGACACCAUUGAAGAAAUUGCUUGGAAUAAAGCAGGUAUCUUUAAAAAAAAUUCACCCGCUUUCACUAUUGAAGGUCAACCCAAAGCUGGAUUGAAAGUUUUAAAGGAAAGAAGCAUUGAAAAAGACACUUCAUUAACUAUUGUUCCUAAUUUACCUGUUUUAAAUAAGAUCAGAUUGGGCAUUGCCGGUGAUUUCCAAAUUAUGAACGCAUCUUUAGCUGUUGCUUUGGCAUUAACCCAUUUGGCAAAAAUUAAUGAUCCAAAUGCUGCAACGGAGUUACCGAUCUCAACUACCGAUUGGAAAAACUACCAAAUCCCACAAACAGUGUUAAACGCCCUAGAAAAAACUACUUGGCCGGGUCGUUGCCAGAUAAUUAAAGAUUCUAGCAAUGAUAAUAUGAUUUGGUAUUUAGAUGGCGCUCAUACAAAAGAUAGUGUUGAGGCUUCCUCCCAUUGGUUUGCACAGGAAAUGAUAGAUCCUAGCAAUAACCAAAUUAAGAAAUCUUAUAAAAUCUUAUUGUUUAAUCAACAAAGCAGAGAUGCUAAUGCAUUGAUUAAAAAUUUAUAUGAUGUCGUAUAUCCAGCCGAUGUUAAAUUUGAUAAAGUUAUUUUCACCACCAAUGUUACCUGGGCAACAGGUGAUUACAGUGCGGACUUGGUUUCAAUGAACACUUCCAAAGAACAGGUUGACACAUUGGAAGUACAAAAAAAGUUGCGUGAUGCUUGGAAGCAUUUGGAUCCCACUUCAGAGGUUGAGAUCGUUCCUAGUAUUGAAGAGGCACGUAGUAUCAUUAAUAAAGUUGCUAUCAGUAAUAAAAAUAAUAUUUCUAUAUUUGUAACUGGAUCUUUGCAUUUAGUUGGGGGAUUAAUGGUUGUUUUUGAUGGAAAAAAAUAA